UAAACAGUUGUGGUGUCUAUUUAUCUUAUUGUCUCAGACAGAAAAAAUGAAAACCCACUCAGCCAUUGUUUUCCUCCUCCUCUUCGUCAUCAGUUAUGGCUCUUCUGAAAACUCGAGUACGUCCAGAGGGUGUGGAUUGGAUCUUCUCCCCCAGUAUAUUUAUCUGUGUGACCUGGAUGCCAUUUGGGGAAUAGUAGUGGAGGCAGUUGCUGGAGCAGGAGUGCUGACGACAUUGCUGUUGAUGCUGAUUUUGCUAGUGAGGUUGCCAUUCAUCAAGGACAAAGAGAAGAAGAGCCCACUGGGAAUGCAUUUCCUCUUUCUCUUUGGAACUCUAGGACUGUUUGGGCUGACUUUUGCAUUCAUCAUCCAGGAAGAUGAAACAGUAUGUUCCACUCGAAGAUUUCUGUGGGGAGUUAUCUUUGCAUUGUGCUUCUCCUGUUUGCUAGCUCAAGCUUGGAGACUACGUAGACUGGUUCGACAUGGUAAAAGUCCUUCUGGCUGGCACCUAGCUGGCAUGGCAAUCUGUCUUAUGCUGGUCCAGGUCAUUAUUGCAACAGAGUGGUUAAUUCUGACAGUUGUGAGAGAUAAGAAGUUGGCCUGCAAUUAUGAGCCAGUUGAUUUUGUUAUGGCCUUGAUUUAUGUUAUGUUCUUAAUGGUAGUUACCAUGGGAGUCUCUCUGUUCACUUUAUGUGGAAAGUUUAAAAAGUGGAAGAAAAAUGGAGGUUGCCUCAUUAUAACCAUUUUUUUCUCGAUUCUGAUUUGGGUUGCUUGGAUGACCAUGUAUCUGUUUGGCAAUACUGAAUUGAGGCAAAAAGACAAAUGGAAUGACCCCACUCUUGCCAUUGCACUGGUGUCCAAUGGUUGGGUGUUUAUUAUUUUUCAUGCUAUCCCAGAAGUUCAUUGCACCAUUCUUCCAUCCCAGCAAGAAAACACACCCAAUUAUUUUGAUACUUCACAACCAAGAAUGCGUGAAACUGCUUUUGAGGAAGAUAUCCAACUUCCUCGGAGCUACAUGGAAAACAAAGCCUUUUCAAUGGAUGAACAUAAUGCAGCUUUAAGAACUGCAGGAUUUCGCAAUGGCAGCUUGGGAAGCCGACCUAGUGCUCCCUUUAGAAGCAAUGUUUAUCAGCCAACUGAGAUGGCAGUUGUGCUAAAUGGUGGGACUAUACCAACUGCUCCACCAAGUUACACUGGAAGACACCUCUGGUGAAAGGCUAGAGGUUCUAAAGAUAAGAAUCUUUGUUUAAAAUGUUAUUCCCUGGCAGUGUGUCUUUUUAAGGGAGGAAUCAAUAAUGCUACAACAAAACAGCCAGACAUCCAGGAGCUUUGGAAUCCAAGAUAGGGUUUUAUGUAAACGUGAACACUGUUGAACUGAUGAGCUAAUCACAGAAACAAAACUGCACAAUUCAAGAUGAAUUUAAAAUAGAAAUAGGCACACUUUGAAAUGGAAGAGAGGACAUCACACAUUCUUAAAUGUGAGAUAUAACCUGUCUGUAACUCAGUGUGUGAGGCAAGCCUGACCUUGGUUUGUUGUCAGCUCUUUGCAAAAAACAAAUAUCCCUCUCCCCGCAUCCGCCUCAUGAAACUUUCCCUUACCUAACGUAAUCCAUGCUGCCAUAAGAGAUUGCCACUGCAGUGUGAAAAGUAUGCAGGGUUUCUUCCUGCUUUUUUUCCCCCCUCUUCAUUUCAGGUGUUGUGUGAAGUGUCUUGGUUGUUCUGUUAUCCAUCUCUGAUGUGAAUGUCAUCUAGGGUCAAGCAUAGUCAGUCUGUGGCAACUAAAUUACCAUUAUUCAGCAAUGAGAUGUGAUCCACUUAAAGAAAAAAGUAUCAAGUUUGGUUGUGGUGAAAGGAAAUGACUGUGCAUGCUUCAUGCAACUUUGUGAAGCAUCCCUAGGGUAAGAGUUUAGAGUCAGAUCACCUCAGUAAUGUAGAAUCAGCCACUGCAGUUCAAGGUGCCCUGUUGAUACAGUCUCACUCCAGAGUUCAAGCAAAGAACCACAAGUUUUCAAACCCCUUAUAUUGUUUUACAUAUGUGCACUUGUGGGCACCAAGUCAAAUUAUGGAGAGACAAACUUCAGCAAAGCCUCUUAACUGAGAAGAGAAUGUGGCCCGGGGUUGCCAAAAGAUGUUCUAUAGAUAGGAUGAUACAUUAAAGGAAACCUACUGUAUUACACACAACUUUAGGUUUGUUCUGAUGGCUGAUCUUAUAAGGUGCCUAGGGAAGGGGAAGGUAAUGAUCACCUUCCAGGAGGUGCUUGGUAAUUUAAGGAUUGGGCCCUCACUUCCUACUUUUGGACCUAAUUCUGUAACCCCUGCUCAUGGGAAUAGCCUCAUUGACUGCAAUAGUCUGUGCAUCUUAAUGUGUAUAUGUAUUAGCUAGUAGAAUCUCCACUGUUGAGGUUCAGGAUUUUGUGUGGGUGUGUGUGUGGGUGUGGGUGUGUGUUUUGGAGUUGGGAUAAGACAGACAACUCUUUACCAAGGCUUAUCUAGGUUAUGUAACAAGUUCUUACUGCCCAUUAUUCUUGCCAUGGUUUUUGUUACUUUAAAGCAAAUCAUUCCUUUAUUAUUUAGCAUUUAAUACAUAUCAAACAUUGAAAGUCACUGUAUCCUGUUUGGUCAACAUUACUCCUAGCUUUCCUAGACACUAAAAGCAAUUCUUUUUACAUGAGGGUGUGGGUUAUGUAUAAGGGUAACAUUUUGCAUAUGCUGUAAUAAAUAUAUAUAUAUUCUAUUUUCAAAUAAAAAUAAAAAUAUACAAAGAAAAUUGAAUAGCGCAGUAGUUUCACAGAAGAACACUAUUUGCUGCAUACUGCAAAAAAAAAAAAAAAA